AUGUCUUUUCAUGACUUAAGAAACUCGACUCUUCCAGAGUUCUCUAUCUUGGUGUCAGGUUUAUGCAUGAAAAAACAUUUCGCUCAUGGCGAAAAUGGGUACGUUAAUUCAAACGCUGCCGUGAACAUGUUGCUGAGGCCAGGACAACAAAAGGGUCUGGCUGCAAACCGGAACAAUAAUAUUGAUAGUGAAUGUGGGAGUCUUCCGAUUUCUAUCAUAUCUUCAAAUUUACCAACGAUACUAACAAAUUCAGGCUGUAGAGAUGUUGCCUUGGCAAAGGCACUUUGUGAGUACUGUGUUAAUCUUACCGGGUCUGUUCCUUUACCAACGAUUACCAACCUCCUACACUUCCUAAUGGCUCAAAAAAGCACUGGUGUCAGCCAGCUAUCACCAUGCAUCAUGUCAUGCCACGCGAGAUUAGUAGUGUUUGUAAAUUUGAGCUAUCGCGAGAAAUAUUGCAGAUUGCCAACGCAACAAAAUUCUCCGGACUCUAUUACCACCUCGUAG